AUGAAGAAUAAUGACAGAGGGAAAAAAGGAGAACCCAGAACUUUAUUUUAUUACGAGAUAUACAAGAAGUUAUUUGUUUAUUAUGAAUGUGCAAUAAAUGAGAAUGAGAGAAAGAAUAGAAAGUUUUUAAAAAAGAAGAAGAAGAGUAUUGAGUCAUUAAAGAAAUUACAAGAUGAUUUAAUAAUAUUUUUUGAUAAUAAUAUCGAUUUAAUGUGUGAUCCUUUUUCUUUUUUAACUUAUGAAGAAGAAGAUGUAAAUAAGACUGAGUUAAAAAAUUAUAUUAUUAGUAAUUAUCCAAAUUUAUUAAAUUAUAUGGAUGAGAUAAUAAAAUGUUCGAUUAUAUUAAAUAGGAAUGCUUAUUAUGUUUGUACAUUAUUUAAUGAUGUGUAUUUAAAAAUUGAAAAGAGUAAUAUAAAAAAUGAAAUAAUGAAAUGUACCUAUAUAUGUGAAGUAUUUAAAGAAUGUAUAGAAAAAGAGAAUUUAAUUAUUAUGAUAUAUAUGGAAAUAUUAAAAUAUAUAAAUAAAAAUGAAAGAAUAGGUGUAUCAUUAAAUAAUAAGAAUGAUGAGAAAUAUCAGAAAUAUGAAGAAACAAAUAUAAGCACAGAUAAAGAUGAUAAUAAUUCAAGUGAUGAUAAUAAUGGAAUAAUAAAAAAAAAUGAAGAAGUAAAAACUUCAAGUGUACAUAGUACUACAUCUAAUAUAAAUUCUGUAGGUAGCUUAAAUAUAUCGAAAACUGUUUGUGAAAAUAAUAUAAAUAAUAAUCGUGUUAACUCAGAUCGUUUUUCAUUAUAUAUAUUAAUUUUAUUAACACAAAAUGAUUUUAUAGAUAAUAUAUUUUUAGAAAUUGAUAGAAUCAUAAAAUUUUUAAUAAAAUAUGAUGAUAUAUGUGACCAAAUAAAUUAUGUAUUUAAUUAUAAAACACAUAAAAUAAAUAUCCUUUUUAAUUUAUUAGAUAUUCUGUUUUUAUAUUUUUCGAAAUUUCAAGCAACUACCCAAAUUAUAUCAAGAAUAUUUAAAUUAUUAAAUCAUCUGGUCUCAUCCAAAUAUUUUGAUUUUAUGCCUACGGAUCAGUAUGUUAAAGAACUAGAUAAUAUAUUAUUCUGGACAGAUUACAAAAAGAAAAAAAAAUUCUUUACAUAUCUAAAAAAUAUUAGAAGUAAUAAAAUUAUCUCCCAUAUUGAUGAUUAUUAUAAAUUGGAUAUAAACAUAUCGGAUGAUCCUUUUAUGACCAAAUUUAUGGAUUUCAACGAUUCAUCAGCCGUAAUGAAGAAUAAUAACACCAUCGCAGAUAAUAACAAUAUGAAUAAUAUAAACACUAACAUGGAUAGUAACAUGGAUAAUAAUAUAAACAAUAAUAUAAAUAGCAACAUAAAUAAUAAUAUAAAUAGCAACAUAAAUAAUAAUAUAAAUAGUAACAUAAAUAAUAAUAUAAAUAGUAACAUAAAUAAUAAUAACCCCUUGAGUAGUGCCACAAAUAUGUUUACAGGCACAAACAAUAAUACGAACCCUAAUAUAAACACCAGUGGUAUUCUGAAAAAUAACAAUUUUAACAUGCAGAGCUUACCACAAUCGAACUUUGGGAAUGAUAAUAAUGUUAUAAAAUCUAACGAGACGUCGACAAGUAGUAACAUGAGUAAUAACUUGCUGUCAAACUUAAAGACACAACAACAAAACAACAAUGCUAUAAAUACAAAUAUGCUAGGUUGUAAUCAAGAAAAGAAUGAAAAACAAGAUAGAAAUAUUAAUAUUAGUGUGAAGAAUACAAAUUCGGAAGUAAUAAGAGAUUUUCCUUUUGAUAUAAAUAAUUUAUGGAAAGAUAAAAAAAAAUGGAAUAUUUAUGAUCAAUAUAAUAAAAAUUAUAAUAACCUUGAAAAAUGUAUAGAUUGUAAUGGAUUUUGGUAUAAUUGUAAUUGUAGCUUAUCAGAUGGUAAUAUAUCUAGUUUAACCUUAACUACUCAAAUAAGCUUAUUAUUAAUUUUAUGCUUAUAUCCAAAUGUCGAUAAAUAUGUAUAUGAAAAGAAAAAAAAAAUACCUUCGGAUAUUAUAUCUAAUAAUAUAAAUAAUAAAUCAAGUGAUGAUAAAACAACAGAUAUUAUUAACGAUGGAAAAGAAAAAGUAAAUUUUUCCAAUUUUUAUAGUCCUGAUAUAUGGAAAUUCAAUUGUAUGAGUUCACAAAAAGAUUUAAAACAUUUAUUAAAUGUAAAAGAUAGUUAUUCAGUAAGUACAGAGUUUAUUAAUGAAAAUGUAUCUUAUUAUUAUGAUUUGUUUACCAAAAUUUUUGAGAAAAAUAAUAAAAAAAAAAAAAAUGCAAAAAUGGAUAACAAUAACAACAAUAAUAAUAAUAAUAAUAAUAAAAAUAAUGAUGAUGAUGAUUUUUGGAAUUAUGUAAAUAAAAGUGGUAAUCAUAUGUUAUUGAAAAAUAAUAAUAUUAAUAAUAAUGAUGAUGCUUUAGUAGAUAGUGUAUAUGGUGAUAUUGAAAAAUAUGUCCAAUAUAAUCAUAAUAAUAAUAGCGAAAAAAAUUGUUAUGAAAAUGUGAUUAUUUUAAAAUAUAUGGUAAGCUUAUUUUCUAAUAAUAAAGAUGAAAUAUUCGCUUCAAUUUUUGAAGAUAAUUUUUUUAAAGUCGCAUAUGAUGUUAUAUUAAAAAAAAUUACAAGUGCUACUUUAAUAGGGACCUUAAUAUUCCAUUUAUUUCAUAUGACAUUUUCCUUUUCAUUUAUAAAAAAUUACAAAACAACGGAUUUAUGGAACUCUCUUAUUGAUUAUCAUAUAAAAAGAGAUUUUCAUUCAAAAAAAAGAAACGCGCGUAUAGGAAAUCAUAUGACGGACAUGAACGAUGUGGAAUAUAAUAAAAAGAGCAUAGAUAGUAAAGGGAUGUUUUAUAAUACGCAUGGGUUUGUUAAGAUGAUGACGGAUGAUGAUAAAAGUUUUGGUGAUACUAAAGGUGUUGGUGAUACUAAAGGUUUUGGUGAUAAUAGUUUCCUUUUUAAUAAUAGAAGUGGUUAUGAUAUAUAUACAAAUAAUGAAAUUAAUAAUAAGAUGAGACAUGGGCUUGAUAAUAAUAAUAAUAAUAUUCAUUUGAAUAGUUCUUAUUAUAAUAAUAUAAUUUAUAUAUAUAAAAAGAAAGGAGAGUAUCUUAUUGACAUUCUUAAUUUUUUAAAAAUUUUAUGUAAUAACUACCCGCGCUUAGUUAAUAAAUAUGUAUGUAUAUUAAAAAAUAUUAUUAACAGAUAUCAUUCACGAAUUAUGGAAUUUUCAGAAAUUGACGAAACGAUUUAUCAUCACAAUUUAGAACAUAUGAAUCAAGAUAUAGAUCAUCGGGGGCAUGUGGAUGAUAUAGAAAAUGAUUUUUAUUAUCAUGGUCAUGGACCUAUGAAUAAAAAACAUUAUAUGGGAAAACAGAACAAAUUUUAUAAUAUAAAUGAAGAAAGACGUAUGGUUUUAAUGAAAUAUCGUAGUUUAAAAAUUGUAGCAGAAGAUAAAAUGAAAUUGUGUUUAGAUUUUUAUUCGGAUAUAUUUGUACAUGUUUUAGAUUUUGCAUCUGUAUUAUGUAAUAAUAUAUAUGAUUUAAGAGUAAUAGAAAAUGUAGUAUUAUGUUUUAAAACACCCCUUACAGCUAAUCUAAAUAUAUUUAAUUUAACGAAGAAAUUAUUUAAUCAAUUUAAUUGUGUUCUUGCAGGGAAAUAUCAUGAGUUUUCUAAAAUAACGAAUAAGCAGCAUAUGCACGAUAAAACAAGGAAUAAUAACAAUAUGAAAAAUGAUUUAGGUAUGAUGGAUUAUCAUAUAAAUAGUAUGAAAAGUAAUCACAUCAGUAGUAAUAAUAAUAACAACAACAAUAAUAAUAACAAUAACAACAACAAUAAUAAUAGUAACAAUAACAAUAAUGAUAAUAAUAGAAGUCGUUAUAGUAUUAGUAAUAACCAAUUGAAUCAUAUAAAAUUUCAUAAAGAUUUAUAUAAAAUUUUGUUAGAAAGAAAAAUUAUUAAUCCUUAUAAUAAUAUGUCCUCUUUACAAGAGGGAAAGAAUUCAUCAAAUAUAAAUGAUAAUUAUGAUGAUGAUUUUUUCUCAAAUUAUUAUUUUAUAUAUUUGUACUAUUUCAAAAUAAAUUUAUUACAGAAAAUAUUUCAACAAAAUAAUUUUUUAAAAGAUAUAUUAAGAAAUUACAAUAUAUUAGAUUUAUUAGAAAAGAAUAAUGUAUAUUUAAAUAAUUUAAUUAAGGAAAAUGGAUUGAUUGAAGAGCAUUUAAAAAAUAAGAAAAUCUUCCAAGAAUGUUUUCAAUCGUAUGAUAUAUUUAAUAAAAUGGUAUUAUCACAGAACGAUGAAUAUUCAAAUAGUAUAAGAGAUGCAAAUAAGAUUCUUAUGAACAUUGAUGAAAAUAAUAACAAGUUGAAAUCUUUUGUAAACUUUAAUGGGUUAAAUGAGGUACAGCAAAAUGUGUUGAAUGAAUUAUUUCCAAAUGUUUCAAUGUCGAUAAAUGGCAACACCAUUCAACCACCUAACAACAACAACAACAACAACAACAACAACAACAAUAAUAAUAAUAAUAAUAAUGUGGUGAGUAAUAUGAACAUGUUGAAUAAUUUAGGACCUUCUAGUGGGCCCAUCACUUUAAAUGGAUUUAACAAUAACAUGAACAGUAGUAUGAACAGUAAUAAUAAUUCGACGAAUAUACAUCCCUUCGGCGAUAAAAGCUUUCUAGAGAAUAUCCUGAACGAACAGAAUUGUAUUAAUUAUUUAUUAAUAGAAGACAAGUUAACAGAGAAUUUGUUAAGAGAAAAUAAUUUUUUGAAAUGUGAAUUUACUAAAUACAAUAUUGUUGAUUUAUUUUAUAAGAAUAAAGUUAGCGAAACAUUAUUAGAUAAUUUAAAAAGUAUUAUGUUAAACGAAUAUGAUUUAUUAGAAAUUUUAUCUUGUGAAAAAAAAUUUAGAAAUAUGAAUCGUAAUGUUGAUGGCUCAUAUAAUGAAAAAGAAGCCAUUCAAAUAUUUUUUGAUGAUAAUAAAGAUGCUGUAGAUUUCUUCAAAGAAAAAAAAUAUCAAAGUCAUUUGUUCAAUAAUAAUAAUGAAGAAGAUGAUUAUGAUGAUGAAGAUGAUAACGAUGAUGAAGAUGAUAACGAUGAUGGUAGGAUUCAUUUGAACCAACAUACUUAUCUUCCAAAUAAUAAUAGUCUAAUGAAUAGAGCUAAAAUAAUAUUAAGAACAGAAUUAGAAUAUGAAAAGAAACAUAUUAUAAUUGAUACACAUUAUUUAUUAAAAAAUAUUUUUGAAAAAAAUUUAUAUCCAUAUAAUUGUUUAAAAAUGUUAGAAAAAUGUUUAUUAUUUUUAUCUUCAGUAAAUAAUAAUAAAUUAUGUUAUUACUUACCUAUAAAUAAAAAUCUAUUAAUUGAUUAUAUUUUAUUAGAACAAUAUGAAAAUAAUGCAACAUAUACUACUAAUAUGUCAAAAACAACAGAUGAUAAAAUAAAUCAAAAAGAUACUUAUAAUAAAACACAAGAUGAACAUAAUCGAUUUUUUAAAAUUAAAAAUAAAAAAUAUAAUAAUUUCUUAUCCUUAUUAGAUAUACAAAAUAUGAAUAAUACAACCAACUAUAAAAAUGUUUUUAUACAUAAUCUAAAUAUGUCAAAAAAAAUUAAAGAUGAAAAAGAAAAAAAUAUCAAACAAUAUAAAACUAUGCAUUUACUAGAUAUCUUAUAUGAUAUUAUUAAAACAAAAUAUAAUGCCUCAGUAGAUAUAAGUAAUUUAAAAUGCUUAUGUAUCGAAAUUUUAUGUUCCAGUUUUGUCAAAAAUUCUUCAUCCGCAUUAUCCGUUCUAUGUACCUUAACACAAAUAUUUCCAGACAUCUUUUUCGAAACCAUGAAAAAAUACACAGAACAUAAUGAUAUUCUCAAAAAAAAAUUAGAAUACAUAGAUAAACAACUAUUAUUAGGGCAAAUAAAAAAUGAAACAUUACAUCAAAUAGCACAAAAUUUCCACCAACCAACUUUUAAUUUAAAAAUUAUUAUUACAUUUAUGAAAUGUGUAAAUUAUCUUUUAUAUAUGAUUGGAAUAAAAAGAAAAUUUAACAUGUCCUUAAGUAGAAUAUGGUACUUUUUUAAUAAUAUUGAUAAAAUAGAAGAAAUCGAUGAAAAAAUCAAAAGACGAAAAUUAAAUCAUACAAAUCAACAAUAUAUGGACACACAACAUUUAAAAGAAGGAAUAAAUCAAAACAAUCAUUAUGAUCAUGAUAAGAAAAAAAGCUCAUCUAGUUAUAUCUUUUUUGAUGUAUUCUUUAAUUUUGAUUUAUUUUUUGACGAACUAGAAAAGGAAGAUGAUCAAGACGAAGGUAUUGGGUAUAAUGAACAUGGAUACAACAGCAAUAAAAAGAAAAACAGUAACAAUAAUGUUGAUCAUGAUAAUAUUAAUAAUAAUGUGGAUGUGUAUGGGCGUGAGAAAUAUAAUACAGAUACAUAUUUAAAUGAAGAUCAUGUAUUAACAAAUAAAAACCAAAAUACGAUAUAUGGUAAUAAUAAAGAAAAAUUAAAAGAUAUGCCAUAUGAUAAUAAUUAUAAUGAUGGUGGUCAUCAUGAUCAUGAUAAUAAUAAUGAUCAUAAUAAUGAUAUGUAUAAUAAUUGUUUAAAAAAAAAAUUAAUGAUUUCAGAUGAUGAAAAAAAUAUCUGUAAACAUUUAAUUUUAUUAACCAACUAUAUUGUACAAGAUAUUUUUUAUAAUUUAAUAAAUAAUUUUAUAUUAAAAAAAAUAAAAGAAAAAAAAUAUGAAAAAGAAGAUCUUUUAGAAGAACAUAUAAAAUGGGAAAUAUUGAUGAAUAAACAAGAAAAUUCUUUUUUUAAAAGAAGAUAUAAUUUUUAUAUGCAUAAAUCAAAACAUAUAGAAUUACAAAUAAAUCAAAUGCAAAAUCAAAUUAAUAUAAAUAAUACUUCUAUAGUACAAUUAGAAAAUGUACUUAAACAAAAUAAUGUACCCUUUGAACCUUAUAUUAUAUCACAAAGAAUGUUUGAUAAAUCAUUUGCUGAUACAAAUCAUACAAUAAAUAAUAAUAUGGGUCAUAAUUAUAAUACACCUGGUAUAAUAACAUCCAACUUGUUAACAAAUUCAUCACAAGCGAAUAAUCAAAACAAUUCUUCAGCAUUAUCAGGUAUUAAUAUGUCAUCAUUAUUGGAUAAUAAAUCUAGAUCAACUAAUUUUUUUUCUACCAAUACCUUUAACCAGGCAAAUAAUAUCUCACCCUUUUCGGGUGUUAAUAGUAAUAAUAAUAAUAAUAAUGUAAAUAGUAAUGUAAAUAGUAAUUUAAAUAAUAAUGUGAAUUCUCCUUUAUCGAUGUUUGGAACGACCACUGUAUCUCCUUCAUUAGAUAAUACAAGAACAAAUUAUGAAUCUUCUAUGAGAGUAGCAUCCUAUUCACAAGGUACCAACGCAACAAUAAAUAAUACAAAUACAGGUGGUAAUAUAUUUUCUUCACCUUUAUCCAAUUCAUUAAAUCAAGGAAUUACAAAUGCAAAUGCAAAUGCAAAUACAAUUACAAAUACAAAUGCAAAUAAUAUUUUUAAUAUAAGUAGUAAUUCUGCCUUGUUGAAUAAUAGUUCAAAUAAAUUAUUUGGAACAACUACAAAUACUGCAUCGUCAUCAAAUUUGUUAGGAAAUAAUAAUAUAUCAUCUGGAAUGUUUAGUCCUUUAUCUAACAACAUUAAUAACAAACCAAAUUUGUUUUCUGGUGCUAAUCAAAACAAUCUGUUCAGUAAUACAAAUAUGUCGAGCAGCCCUAGUUUAUCAUUAAAUAAUACUACAAAUACAAUUGGAGGUAACAUAAAUAGUUCAGGACAAAAUUUUAUACAGAAUCAAAAUAAUAUUUUAACUAAUCAAACAUUAAGUAAUAGCAUAUAUAAUAAUAAUAGUAAUUUAAAUUCAAAUAAUUUAUUAUUACCUGGUCAACAACAAAAUAAUACAUCUCCAUUUUUAACAAACAUGGGAACAAAUGCGUCAUCACCUACUUCGUCUAUUUUUAAUCAAUCGAAAGAUUUGAUAUCAAGUAAUAAUUUAAAUAUAGGUACUUCAACUACUAAUAUAUUUGGAACUACAAGUAGUAAUAAUAUGAACAAUAUGAAUAGUAUGAAUAGUAUGAAUAGUAUGAAUAAUAUGAAUAGUAUGAAUAGUCUGUUUUUGGGUCUCCAACAACAAACCCAAUCAACAACAACAACAACAAAUAAUAAUAAUAAUAAUAAUAUCUUUUCAUCGAGUGGUAAUACAAAUAAUAUGUCCUUGUUUAAUAAUCCAAAUGGUUUAAGGAAUAAUAUGUUUACGUCUACAAAUCCAUUAAAUGCCUCAUCCACUAAUAACUUGAACUCUAAUAAUAAUAUGAAUCAAGCGCCCUCGUUAUUUUCUAAUAUUACAUUUAAUAUGUUUAACAAUAAUAAUAAUAGUAAUAUUAAUAAUAUGAACAAUAUGAACAAUAUGAACAAUGUGAAUAAUGUGAACAAUAAUAAUGUGAAUAUGCCACAAUUUAAUAAUAUCGAAGAAUUAAAAAGAUAUUAUGAAGAUUUAAAAUUAAAAACGAAUGUAUUAAAUGCUGAGGUUUAUAAGUAUAAAAUAGAGUUAAAAAAAAAUGAAUAUAAUUUAAAUAAAGACAAAAAAAUUCAAUUAUUAAAAGAAAAUAAAUUAAGGGAAAAUAAAAGUAAAUCAGAUAUAAAUUUUAAAGAUAAUGAAAUGUAUAUUUUGAUUAUAUUAGUAUUCAUGUAUUUUAAAUUAAUAUUAAAAGGACCUCUUCCUAAUGAUAAUAAUAAUAAUAAACAAUUAAACCGUGUAAUGAAUGAACGAUAUGAUUACUUAUGUGAUUUUAGACCUACCAUGUAUUUAUUUGAACAAAUAUUAGGAGAAUCGAAUAAAUUUAUGAAUUUGUUUUUUAAUAUUAUUUUCUUAGAUAAUAUUAUUCAUGAGGAAAAUAAAAAUAUGGAAGAAUUAUUAUUGAAAUGUAAAAAUUAUUGUGAUUUUAUAAAUGUGUGUAAUCAAGAAAAAUCUUUCUUUUUUAAAAAAAAAAAUCUAUACGAUGAUACAAAAAAUACUACAAAAUUAAAAAACACAAAGGAUUAUCAUAACGAAAACAAUAAAGAUAGUGAUAACAAACAAAAUUUUAAAAACACUAGUAUUGAUGUUGAUAGUAAUAAUAAUAUCUUUACGUCUAUGACAUCUGAAAUAUUUUUUAAUAAAAAGUUACAGUAUUUAACUUGUUCCUAUUCUAAAGAAUAUUAUAAUUCUUUAUUUUUUUAUAAAAUAAAAUCUUUAGGACUAGGAAUAUUGAAAUUAUUGUUUGAAAGAGAUGUUCUAUUUAUACAUAUGUAUAAAUUAUGGAAAAAUGAAAAAUUAUUGAAAAAAAGAAUGGACAAAUAUAAAUUCGACCUUAACAUUAUAGAUCCUAAUAAUAAUGAUGAUAAUAAAAAUAAUGAUAAUAAUAAAAAUAAUGAUGAUGAUAAAAAUAAUGAUAAAAAUAAUGAUGAUGAUGAUGAUGAUGAUAAUAUGAAAAAAAGAGGACCAUCUACUGAAUAUUUAGAAAAAAAACUUAAUAUGACUGAAUCAUUAUGUUCCCCUAUAUGUGUUCAUAAUUUUUUAUUUAAAAAUAUUAAUAUAAAUUCACGAACCACUUAUUUAAUAUUAUUAUUAAAGAAUUUUUUUAGAGAUAAUGAAAUGAAUAAAGUGAUCAUAUAUUUUAUUCUUCAAAUUUUUAUUAGAGAUUGUAAAACAACUAUUAAUAUCUUAAAAAGAGAUAAUGAAUCUUUUAAUUUCUUGAAAUAUGCCUUGAGAAGUAUAUUUAUUUAUAAUUUGAAUAAACAGAAAUUUAAUAAUUGCUUUAUUAUAUCAAAUAGGACUAUAAAAAUGAAAAAUAUCAUAAACAAUUUUGUUGAUUUGCCUCUUUUAUAUUUUUUAAAAAAUUCCAAGGAUGUAAAGAAUAAAAUGUUACUUAGGAAUUUGAAGAAUAAGUUGGAUAAGCACAGGGACUCUGGUCACCUGGAAAAUAAAAAGAGUGUGUUGAAUACAACUAAUUGGUUAUCUUAUAUGAAUAAGGGGAAUUAUGAGAACGUCGAAGAGGGGAACCAUGUUGAUGAUGCUGACGGGGACUAUGAUGGUGAAGAUGAUGUUGAAGAUGAUGAUGAUGAUGAUGAUGUUGAAGAUGAUGAUGAUGAGGAUGAUGGUGAAGAUGAUGAUGAUGAUGAGGAUGAUGACGAAGAUGAUGAUGAUGAUGAUGAAGAUGAUGACAUUUUUUAUAGUAAACACCCAAGUAAUAAUUUAAAAAAGAAACAAAACAAAGGUACAAGAAAAAGUGUACUGCAUCUAAAAACUGAGAUGUAUAAUAAAAUGAAAUACUUGAAUAAUAGACAGAGAAAAAUGAAAAAGAAAAAUAAAUUUGGUUAUAAUAAUGUAGAAAAUAAUAUUGACUUUGAUGAGAAUGUUGAUUAUAAUGGAUUUAUAUCUAAAUAUAAAAAUAUGAAAUUAAGAGAAAAAUAUGAAUCGAAAUAUAUUUAUGAUUAUUUAUCGGAUAAUGAUUUGAUAGAUACAAUUAAAAGUAAAAAGAUUUGUGUAUUUUAUGAUAAUAAAGAAAAAGAAGAUGAAAAUGAAAACUUUUCAUUAUACAAUUCAAUAUCAGAAAAUUUUAAUGAUGGUUAUUCAAAAAUAGAUUAUUAUAAUGAAAUCAAAUCUCUUGAUUAUAAUAUUAUCGGAUAUUGUAGUUCAUAUAAUUUUUUGCCUAUAAAUAAUUUUUAUACAGAAAAAUAUGACUUUAUAGAAAAUGAGUUAGUAUAUAUGAGUGAUUUAAAGUUAUAUUUUUAUGUAAAAUCUUUUAAGCGACAUACGUAUUUUACGAAAUUAUUAAAUAUUGAAAAUGUAGGGAAAAAGAAAAAUUAUGAUAAAGAAGGGAUAUAUAAAAAUGUGGAUAUAGAUUAUUACAAUAUGGAUAACGAAAAUAAUAUUAUGAAUAAUAAUUAUAAUAAUAAUAAUAAUAAUAAUAAUAAUAAUAAUAUAAUAAAUGAUAAAAAUAUUUAUAAUAUAAAUAAAGAAAAUGAUCUGAAUUCUGUAAAUCAAAAAAUGAAUACAAAUCAUGAUAUGAAUUUAAAUUUAGUGAAAAAUGAAAUAGCAUUAAAUAAUACAGAUGGUAAUAAAAAACAGAUAGAUGAAUUAAAUGAAGCUAUAUCAUAUAUUAAAAAUGAUAGUUAUAUAAAAACAGAUGCUUCAAAUAAUAUUGAACAAAUUAUAGAUAACGAAAUCAAAUAUUAUGAUUUCUUUAAUAAACUAAAUAAGAUGAAUGAGAAUUUAUUAUUUUCUAAUAUUUUACAAAAUAGUAGAGAAGAUAAAAUAAAAUAUUUAGAAUAUAUAAAAAGUAUCGUAGAAAAUGAUAAAAAGUACGAUCCAAAUAAUAUUCAUGGUAAUAAUAAUAAUAAUAAUAAUAAUAAUAACAGCAACAAAUUAAAUAACAAUUUGUUACAUCCAUUAAUUGAUUUGUUACAAGCCAAAAAAAAAGAAACAGAAAAAAAAAUUAGUAACGAAUUAAGAAAAAAAAAUAUUUUUAUGAAUAAUGAAUUGUGUGAAUGGAUUGAACUAAGUCAUUUAUUAAAUAUAGAUAUUGAUUAUAAUGAUAUUAGAAAUAUAAAUAAAAAAAAAAAAAUUUUAAAUAAUUAUAGUAAAACACCAAUAACAAAGUUGAUAUUAUAUUUUUAUGAAAUAAUUACAAGGAAAUAUUUAUUUUUAAAUAAUUCAAAUGCAAAUUCAAAUGCGAGAUCAGAUUCGAGAUCAGAUUCUUUAAUAGAAAAUUGUAUACUUUCCUUAUUAGGUCUAUCGUUUAUACCUUCGAAGAAUGUCGAAAAGAAAAGAACUAUGUCCUCGAAUAUGGAAGAAGGUUUAGAAUUAGAAAAUGAUUGCUUUUUAAAUUGUCUGAUAAAAGAAAUUGUAAUUAAAUUUUCUAGUUAUGAUAAUAUAUCAGAGUUAAUUUUUGUAGAUUAUUAUGAUGAAAAGGAUUCAUUUUAUAAAUGUAAUAUAUUAAAAGAUGGUAAGACAAAAAAAGGGCAUAUGGUUAAGAAAAACAGAAAAGGGAUAGAUUUACCUGAUGAUAUGAAAAAAAAUGUGUAUGAAAAUAUGAGGAGUGGUGAUAAUUAUGAUGAUGAUAAUAAUUAUGAGGAUGAUAAUAAUUAUGAGGAUGACAAUAAUCAUGAUGAUGAUGAUGAUAAUAAUAAUUACCUUUAUGAUAAGAAUCAACUAAGAAAAGGAAAUAAAUGUUUUGAUGAUAAAAAUUAUUACACGUCUAACCUUUUAAAAAGGUAUGAAAGUAAAGAUUAUUAUAAAAAGAAUAUAUUUUUAAACAAUAUUAAUAACAUAAAACAAUACAACAUUUUUGAAAAGAAUUCUUAUUUUAUUAAAAGUUUGAAUAUUAUAUAUAUGCUAUCAAGAAAUAAGAAAAUGAAAGAUUAUAUUAUUAGUUUCAUAAAUAAAAUGUGGAUAAAUAAAUUUAAUGUGUUUUAUUAUAUAACACAACAUGUAAAUAUACAUAAAUUAAAAGAUACAGAAAAAAUUUUAUUUUAUAAAAUAUCCUUUCAUAUGUUAAAUAUAUUUAUACCCAUAAUUGAUUACAUAUUGAAUAAUAUAGAUAAAUAUGUAGAAUGUUUUAUGGAUAUAAAUUUUAUAAGCGAUACCUGGGAAAAUAACCAGAAAGAAGAGAAUAAGAAACAACAAAAUGUAAAUAAAGAUGGUAUUAAUAAUGUACAUAAAAAUUCUUUGGAAGAAGGAAAGAAACACACACAGAAAUACACACAGAAAGAAAAAAAAAAUUAUACGAAUAAUAUAUAUGAUAUUAUUAAUAAAGACAAUUUUGAUGAAAAGAAAAAUAUAUUUGAAUUUUUAAAUCCUAUAUUUAAUUAUGAUAAUGUACAGAAUUUUAUAAAUCAUUAUAUACAUAUUAUAAAGAAUUAUAAUGAUACUUAUUUAAAACAUUAUAUAUAUCAUUAUUAUUUAUUUAAUUAUGAUUUUACAUUUCAAAAUGUGUAUAAUUAUUCAAAUAUUGAGCAUAUUCACUAUAUAAAAAAUGAAACGAAUCCUCCUCCAUGUAGCAACAAUAAUAAUAAUAUUAAUAAAUAUAAUAAUAAUAAUAAUAAUAAUGUCCAUUUAUUAUAUACCAGUAUUAUUAAUACGUAUGUAAAUUUUUGUGCGUGCCCUACCAAACUUAAUCAAUAUAAUAGUAGUAAUAAUAAUCGUAUUUCCCAAUAUAAAUUUUUAUAUGAUAACUAUUGCAUGUACAAUAAUCAGAAUUGUGGUAGUAAUGAACUUGAAGAUGGACUUCAAUCAAAUAAAAGGAAAGAUAAAAAAAAAAAAAACUAUAACAAUAAUAAUAAUAAUAAUAAUAAUAAUGAACAUAUGUUUGAUAGUUAUUAUAUUAAUAAAGUCGAAGAAGAUGAGAUAGAUUCGAUUGGUGAUUCGCGAAAUGAUAAUAAUCAUAACAAAAAAAAUGAUGAUAGUUGCUUAAACUUUGAACAACUAAAUGAAAUUAUAGGAAAUCAGACAUACUUAAAAACUUUUUUAAAUAAAUAUUAUUUAAACAAAAGUUGUAUUAAUUAUAAUGAGAAAUUCGAAGGAAAGAAACGAAUACGAGAAGAAUUAAAAGAAUAUUAUUAUUUACAAAAAAAUGUAUAUAUAUAUAAUAGUUUAAAUUAUUUAAAUAUUAAUUAUAAAAAUUGGUUAUUAGUAUAUAAAACAUAUAUAGAGAAAAUUACCUAUUUGAUUGAUAUCGUAUUAAAAAUCAAAAGUAAUACUGUAAAUAAAAAGAUAUAUUAUUUAAAGAAUUAUUUUUAUAUAAUAAAUAAUAUUCAAAAACAUUUAAAAAAUAUAACCUUUGUUAUAAAAUCGUCUUAUUACAUUAAUUUUAAUAUUCAAAUAACACCUAUAUUAUUUAUUGUAUAUCUAUUUAUUAGUAUAUUUUUCUUUUCACAUAAUAAAAAAUUUGCAUUUACAUAUUUAUCACAUAUUAAUAAAGGGUUUCAUAAUCUGUUUAAAAAUAAAAAGAAUUUCAUGUUAAGGUGUAUAGAACAAAGCGACAAUGAAGAUGAUUACGAUAAAGAGUGGAGAGAACAAGAAAAGAAAAAGAGUAAAACCAAAAAAAAACUCUUAGAAGAUAAUGAAAAAUUGGGAAAUGAACAAGGGGAUAAGACGGAUGGAAAAAAUAAAAGUAACCACAACAAUAAUGAAAAUGAUGAUAAUAAUGAAAAUGAUGAUAAUAAUGAAAAUGAUGAUGAUAAUGAUAAUGAUGAUGAUGAUAAUAUUAAUGAUAAGUAUGAUAAGUUUAAAAUGGAAAAUUUAAAGUAUAACAAAAAAUUAAAAAUGUCUAGUCUUUUUUCAAAAAAAAUUAUGCAUAAAGAAUUUCAAGGAAAUAUAUUAAAUAUACCUCCCAAAAAAAAUAUAUACAAUGAUUCGAAUAUAAAUAUUAAUGACACCUAUCCAUAUAUGGAUGUUCGUAAUAGUGUUAAUGAAUUAAGAGGUAGUAAUAAUAAAAAUUUCAUGUCGUUAAAUAAUAUAAAUGAUUCUAAUGUAAAUAAUGAAAGUUAUCUUAAUCAUCAUCAUAAUAAUAAUACAUUUUUUAGUGAUAGUUAUUAUUAUAUGAAUUCAAAUAAAAAGAAUUUAAAGAAAAAAGAUGUUAAUGUAUUAUCAAACGGAUUAUCUUACAAUAAUAAUAAUAAUAUAAAUUUGAUUGAUGAUUUAUAUGAUCAUUUUGCGAACAGUGAAAAAAUAUAUUAUGAUAUUCAUAAUGAAUAUUCAAAAUUGAUGUUAAAAAGUAAUGAAUUUUUUGAUGAUUUAUUAGAAUUAUUAAUAAUAUUAAUAACAAAAAAGCAUCCUAUAUUAAAUAAAUAUACUAUUAUAUAUAUAUAUGAAUGUUUAUAUACAUUAUUAAAUAUAUAUCACUAUAACAAUAAUAAUAAUAAUAAUAAUUAUAAUCAUAAUAAUCAUAAUAAUAAUAAUUAUAAUUAUUACAAUAAUUAUAAUAAUAAUUAUGGUUAUUAUAAUAGUAUAUCCAAUAAUGAAGAAUAUGACAAUAUGGGGCAUACCAAAAAUAUGUUUUUAUCCUUAAUAAAAAGAAUUGAUCAACAUAUUUUGAAUCAGUUUAUAAGCACAUUAUUUAUUGAUUCUUAUAAAAAUUUUUAUAUAAAUAGAAAUACCAUUAUACCUAUAUAUUUUUAUAAUAACAUUUAUAAAUUUAUUGAUUAUAACACGGAAGUUUUUAUGUAUUAUGAAGGUAAAAAGAAAAUAUAUAAUACCACCACUGCAAAUAGUAGUAGUAGUAAUAAUAAUGAUAAUUAUAACUUUUCUUAUUAUCCUAACAAAGGUACUAAUAAAGGAGGAGAUUUUCAUGAUAAAAAAAAAAAAAAAAAUUAUUACAACGCACAAAAAAGUGUACACUUUUUGUUAAGAGGAGAAAGCAAUCAAAUGAAUAAUACCAACAUUAUGAAUGUAAAUAAAAAAAAAUCAAAUUUUAUAUCGAGGAAAAGUCAACUGUUCACUGAUACAGAAGACUUAUUAGAUAGAAAGAAAAAAAGAAAAUAUAAAACAAGGGGAAAAAAAUAUUUUAAAUAUGAUAGUGAUAUAAAUUAUGAAGAUGAUAUACAUGAUGAAGAUGACGAUAAUGAUAAUGAUGAUAAUAAUGAUAAUGAUGAUAAUAUUAUAUAUAAUAACAAUAGUGAUAUAUAUAACCAUAAUAAUAAUAAACUUACGAACUUUAAUUUAAAACAUGGAUUAAAAAAUCAAAUUCAUCUUAAUAAUAAAAGUCUGAACAUUUAUGAAGAAGCAUAUUGUUGUAACUUUUUAUAUAAUAAAAAUGAUUUGAAUCUUUUGAGCAUUAAUUUAUUAAUAUUUUUAUUAAAUAAAAUUGGUUUAUAUGAAAUAGAUAUAAAAAUUGAUGAGAAUAAUAUAAAAAAUGUAAUUAAAGGUAAUUUAUUUUUAUUUCAUCAACAUUUAAACAAACAACUAGAAAAUAAAAUUUUACACACAUGCUUUUUAUUAUGUGCUUUAUGCGAUACUACAUAUAUAAAUGAAUUUGUUUUUAAAGAAGAUUUAUUUAAUUUAUUUUUAAAAAGUAAUAUUUUUGAUAAUCUAUAUGAAUAUAAAUUUAAUAAUUUGUCACCAAGUAUUUCUUUUUUAACAUUUCCUACAAACUUCUUACUGAACAAAAAUAUUUAUAUCCCUCUCCCUGUUUUGAUCAUUGCUUAUAUAUCUGUUAUAUUAAAGGUUGUUGAUAAGAAAGGAUUAUAUUUAUUUAAUACAAUAAGUAAAUGGAUUUUAAAAAAUAUUAAUAUUUUUAUAAAUCAUCUUAUAAUUAAUAAUUAUUUAAUGAAGUCAAAUGAAAUAGCUUAUGAAGUUAAUAAUUUUACAACAAAUAAUCAUAAUUUAAUAUAUAAAUGUUUAUGUUAUUCAUCAACUUGUAACUUUACGAAACACAGAAAAACAAAAUCAAAUCAUCAUAAUAAUAUCAUGAUGCAUGUUGAUAAAUCCAAAAAAAAUAAUCACACAAAAAAAGAUUUUUUUAAUAUGAAAAAUAAUGAUCUUCAUAAUAAGAACCCUUUACUUUUUGAUAGUUUAUAUAAAGAAGAUAUUCAUGUUGAUGAAAAUAAAUCAGAAGAAUAUAUUAAUCAUACCAACGUUGACGUGGUUAAUUUGGAUAUUAUAUAUUCAAGCACCUAUUAUUUGUUGAGACUAUAUAAAAAUUAUCUGCUCUACAUACAUCAGAAUUAUCUUGGCAUGAAGAAAUUAAAAAUUGCUGAAAUGAAUAAAAUGAAGCAAGAAAGACGAAAGUUGAACAGUAAAAAGAAAAAGAAAACAAUAACGGAGGACAAUAAAGAUGAGCUUAUAGAUUCGGAUGAUUAUGAGGAAGAACAUGAAAAUGUAUAUGAAGAAGAGGAUUAUGAGGAGGAUGACGAUGAUGAAGAUGACGAUGAUGAUGACGAUGACGAUGACGACGACGACGACGACAAUAAUAAUAAUAAUAAUAAUAAUAUAAGAAGAAACUUACGUAAUAUAAAAAGUACGUACACCCAUUUGUACAAAGAAAGGAAAAAUAAAUACAUUUAUAACAAUUAUGAUGAUGAUGAUUAUGAUGGUGAUGAUGAUAGUAAUAAUAGUUAUAAUAACAUAUUUAAAACACAAAACGAUUAUGAUAGGAAUACCAAAAUAUAUAAUAAAAACAAAUUAAAUAAUUUAAAUAAUUAUUAUGAUACAUGUAAUAAUAAUAAUAAUAAUCUUGAUGAUUAUAAUAAAAAGUUUAUAAAAGACGAUGAGAAUUUUAUAUUAGAUAAAACAUUAAAUUUUGAGUUUAAUGAAAUAUCAUUAAAUAUAUGUAAUAUAAUUAAAGAGCAUACAUAUAUACUUCAAUAUAUUAAAGAUCUUUUAAAUAUCUUAUCCAUAUUUGUUAUAUAUGAUAUAAGUUUAAAAGAUGAAAAUGAUUUAUUAAAUAAAAAUUUAAAUAAUGUUACAUUAGAAAAACGAAAAAAAAAUAUUAGAACACACAGAAUAUUACAAAAUAUUAUACCUAAAUAUUCAAUUAAAUUUCAUUGUAUUAAUUUAUGUUUAGAUAUUAUAGAAUAUGAUAUAGGAUUAUAUGAUGAAUAUGUUCAACAAUCAAAAACAAAAUAUUAUGAAUAUAUAAAAAUAAUUUUAAAGGUAUUUAUGAAUACAUGUUUUUAUUUUAUUAAUAUUAUUAAAUAUGAAAAUUUUCAUAUGUUAAAAAGUGUAUCUAUGGCUAUGAAAAAAUUAACAAAUAUUAUAUAUUUCUUAUUAAAUAAUUUAACCAUAAAAGAAAAAGCAAAUGAUAAUAAAAAUCAAACACUCUUAAAUAAAUUUAUUUAUGAUAAAAGUGGAUUCAAAAAAAAUGCUCAUGAAAUUACAACAGAAUUAUUUAAUACAGAUUAUAAUAUUUUUAAUGAUAAAAAAUAUACAUCAGAUAAUAUUAAAAAGUUUUUAGAAAAUAUAGAAAUUGAUAUCCUAGUUCUUAAAAAAAUUCUAACAUGUGUUAUAUAUUUUACAUAUGCUAUGUUAAGUAAUCAAAAAGUUCAUAAAAUUAAUAUCGAACAUAUCAAUUUAAAUCAUAUUAACAAAAUUAAUUUAAAAAAAAUUGCAAAUAAAUAUUUGGAAAAUAAUAAUAUUUUGAAGGUUUUUACAUUCAUCUUACAAAGAUCAACUCAGAUAUAUUACCUCCUGUAUAAUUACGCGACCAAAUCGUAUACCAAGUGA